GACAGGCGUGCAAGGUCGUCCUUGCACGACUCUCGGGCCGUUCGGCUUGGCUGAUGCCCCGAGACGGACCCUCUUUCCUGACCGAAAAAGAGCUGCGGUCUCAUGGGCGCCGCCCGACAGUGCCGAGAGACGCGAGUGCGCCAUGAAGACGGCUCUGUUGCUCUGCCUGCUCACCGCCGUGGACCAGCGCCAGAGCACGGCGCACCAUCACUCCGCGCCACAGCCGCGCACCGAUUGUCACCACCAGUACUGGCUGUACCAACCAGCGUCCACCGCGGGUGGCUUCCAGUACCCUUAUUCGGGGCACCAUGGCUACCAGCCGCCCCACGGCUAUUCCUACGCACCCGGCUAUCAGCAGCCUGGCUAUCAACCACCUGGCUAUCAGCAGCCCGGCUACCUCGAUGGCCGCCACAUCAUCCCACUGCCUCCACUGCCACCCCCGCCACCGCCUUCUUCCCUGCCGUAUCCAGGACCAUGGGUCCCAUCAUACCCAAGGCAACCAAAGCCGAAAAAUUUGGACCCAUUCCCAGGCAAAUUCCUUGGCAUGGGCACGGUGCGUUACCUGAACGGAGGGCGUGACGUCGAGCUAGUAUGCGACCUGCACGGCAAUCAGCUGGUCUCGAACGUGGUGUGGGUGAAGGCAACGCAUCCGCGGGGCCAGCCGCCGGUCACAUGGCGUCCUCCACCGCCCAGUUGUGGGCCGUGUUUCUGCCCCGUGCAGUAUGGCUGUGUGUACCAGCAUCUGGAUCUGGCCGACAGAAGAUUCUUUGCCGACACCAAGGGUCACCACGCCUCUCUGACUAUCUACGGGGUUUCGCCGGCUGACUUCGGUGUCUACCGCUGCAGUGCUACCAGCUCGCCAACCGGGUUGGCCGCGGCCCACACCGAGACGGUGUACCAGAUCGUUCAUUUCACCGGAUAGAAAGGGGCUCCGGCACCCCACAAUGAUGCAUCACCACAGAUGUUCACUCGCGGCGUGCUCUCCAGGACUCUGGUCUUAGGAGAAUUAAUGGCCGCUGAAGUUACGUUUAGUCCGUCUUUUAUUUAUUAGGUACGUAAAAGUAGUUCUCACUGCGUACGGCUGUACUCGCCGACUGAUGGAAUUUGUGUCCGUUUUGUUGACGCUUAGCUAGAGCACGUAUUUUUUACCACAUUAAAAGUUGCUGAGAAAAAAUAGAAAUAUAUACCUUCACCCUCCUCUUCACCCCCCGUCACGGGAGCCUCAUUCAAGGUGCAUUCCUCACCAUCCAAAGCACCUUUGCUUUUGCGACAUACGCCUCUUUACGUAUUAUCGAUAUAUGUUUUGAUGAGUUAAGUUAUUAUGUAUCAACCCAUCAUACUCUUGAUUUUAAAAGGAGUCUUACGUACCAUCUACACGUUGCUAAGGCGAAUGGGGGCACCUACAAGUUGAGUACGUUAAGAAAAAGUCACAUUCCCGGUCUUAUAAAAUUACUUCUCUUCUCGUGUUACUCUCCGAUGUGUUGUCCCUUGAGACACGCGUACACUGCACAUUCUGCGGUGCUUGAGCAAGUUCUCUGCGAUUAUGUCCUUUUAAACAAGAUGGUACGGUAUAUAUGCCGCUAAACUCAUUUUCAUUUAUUUAUUUAUUACGUUAUUACAAAGCUUAUGAAUAAAAAUAAUUGAAUUCCAAUGCCCUCUUUAAUUUGUGUAACCAAAACCUCCCUAAAGUGUCUAAUUAGUCUCCUAAUGCCCCGCCACCCACGUCAAUUUACGUUUCUUUUAUAGCGCCCAAAGUCUCGAGCUGAGUUACUACAGCCUUCUCGCUUAAAUGAAUGUUGCAAUAUCCCAACAGGGCAUGCUGAACACUUCUUUUGUCUGUCCUACACACCAAUCGUGCCGCCACAUUGGUAUAGGUUAUACUGCUC